UCCAAUUACACCGCGGUACGUGUGUUGGAGCUGUUGCCUUGGUGGUAGAUCAAUUUCACCUUAGUCAAGAGACAGUAACAACGCCAUUUCCUUCCUUGUUCGCGCGUUUUCACUAACACAACCGGUUUCUAUCUGGAAUAUACUAGCUAGGUUUCUAAGUGAAUGCAGCGUGCUUCAUGAGUUUGGCUAUACAUACUCAGGAGAAACUAGUUGGUGCUAUCUGAAAUACCGUGUCCUUAAAUUGUAUAUUGUUCCGAAGGGUCAAAAAGGAGCAAAAAGACGGUUUGACCAGGGCGAACCGUUUGUACGUAAGACUGCGUUGGGGUGAUCUUGACUCGUCCGCGAGUCUGCUAUAGUGAACUGAAACCACAGCUGGAAAUGCUAUGUAAGACGACCUCGUCGAGAACUGGUUGGCGGUCUUCUUACCACGUUGUUAAUGAGUUUGAUAUAAAGUCGACAGUCCAGUAAAACCGUGACUAUGGAGACUGGUACCCGCAAUGUGCGAUUGUUGGAACCAGCCACCACACCCAACAGACGAAGCAUGACCGUCGUGAGCUCCUUUAAGCACGGACAUAAUGGUCGCCGGACUAAACUAACUAACGGGCUCCUUCGCGCCAUCUCAGACAUAAUUGAGGACACUGAAAUCCUCAGUAUCUCCCACUUGAACCAAGAGCUGCUCGCCAGGGGGCACAGUCUAUCCCGAUCUACCGUGUUCAGAGCGAUGGAGAUCUUGGGUAUGAGGAUGGACCGGGACAAGAAGAGAUGGUGUAUUGGUGGUUCCGGGGUCUCGUUGGGUGUGGAAACGAGGGUGAGCCAUCUGAACAAAUCUUCGGACGAGGUGACUGAAUCAAGCUGUCUGCCGUCCGCAACGCCCCCAGGAGGAAGUUUAGACGAAACGUUGCUCUGCGAAACCGAGCGAGGGGCAGAAAUUCACAGCACGGGGAAGUUACAGCUAAUCCCAUCUCAGUAUAACCCUAUCCGAACGAACCCUAUCCCAUCUAAUCACAGCAAUUCAGUGGGCUCAACUCACCAGCAAAAUCCAAGGCCGUCAAACCGUGAAAAUGUCCCCAAACUGAAACUGGCAGGCAGUAUACAGAGUUACCAUCUUGGAAACGCAACGGCUGCGGGGGAACGCGAUUCGGCUUCAUCCACAAAACGGUUCAAAACUCUCGAUCAGCCUUGUCCAAAACGUUGCGGAGAAAGUGAUCGCUGUACUAAAACCUCAGAACUCCACCGGGAGGUGAACAAAACGCUUAUCGAUGAUGGUCAAACACCUUCAGUGAAAGACAUACAGCACACGUACCAAGUAUGGGGCAAUGUACUUGAAAGUAAAAGUUCCGUAACAUCGGUGAUGCCACGGGAGACGGGACGGAGCAUGAGCAGAAAGAGGAAGUCUGACUGCCCAGCAAAGAUAACUCCAACUAGCUACGCAAAGAUUGGGGCAGCCACGAAGCAAGGAUCAAACACCGUGUAUGGCAAGGAUUCUAACCCACAGUAUGGAGGACAUGAGCAGCAGGAGUACUUCAACCGUACGCCACAAGAGGUCACGCCAAACUUUCUUCCAACGUCCAGCGGGGUGCCAUUGCUAACGGACGGUUCUUCUCAAGAAGUAACGACAAAGGGUACCUGCAUAGAUGGAUCUAACCGAAGCAGACCGAGUAGCAGAGAGCAAGAGCCCCGCCACCUGCUUGAGAUCCACACAAGAGGAAAUGGCUCUGUGCAAAUGCCAAUGGAAACCCAGAGUAAACAAACCAAACCAGAGAUAUCCUCACAUAAACCACAGUUCCGUAGAGUUGUAAUACAGAACUUUCAAACACAGAUUCAAAAGAACAUGCUGGAUGAGGAAGACCUCUGCAAAAACUGCACAACGUCCAACAGCCAAGCACCAGAAUCAGCAAAAGCAGUUCAACGGGCUGACCAAAAACCUCUGGAUAUAUCUCUUUUUCAUUCACAGCACCCCAAUACCGUUGACGACAAGUUGUCUUCGAAUAGUAAUUAUGCUUCAACAAACGGCAUGUUGAACAACGGUGUAGGUUUGGGGAAGAACUCCACAAGUCUAACAUCUAAAUGUCGAAAACUCAACCAGGCGCCGAAAUUGCCACAACCAAGAAACGGCGGUCAUGGACUCCCUUUCCCCUUGACAGAAUUGUCUCAAAUAGAAGGGUGUGACUCGCGACUGCAACCCGCUCACACACACCAGCCAAUGAUUCUGGACGUAAAUCUAAAGCAUCGACCUUUGAAUCAUGAACAAGCAAGUAGGUUUCUUCAUAUGGAUGAGAGUGGAACACCGAGUGGUUUAUCUGAUCCUGAGGGAUGCCCAGCUCUCACCACGAGGCCUGAUGGAACCGACUCCCAGACGGCAAGGUUACAUGCACUGACGUCUAGCCUAGCAGUCAAAACAUCCAACAGGAUGACUUCUCAGUCUCCAAGGUGGAGAAAGGAUGUAGAGAGUGUAGCCCCUUCACGAAGAAACUGUCAACAGGUUCCUUCCCGACCCUCUACGGAUAUCACGCCGACUCGGAACACAACACGAGCCUCAUCAGAAUUGGCAGAACAUGAGCGUAGAAACGUCCACGGACAUGUAUCUUCGGAUGCACACUCUGCCCAAAGCACACAGGACGAUCCAACAAACAUCAAUGAAAUACAAUUUUGGAUGCAAGACAUUUCUCAAAAAAUGACAUCUAUGCAACAACAGCUCAACUACCUCACACAAGUUGUGACUUCCAUGGUGAAAACAGAACCAUCAAGUAAUGGCCACACAAAUGCAAUGUCGCCCUCUAUUGACCACAGAACAACAGAUGAUCUUGAGGAGCAGCAGGUUGAUGGGUUUAGUGAGGCGGGUGAAGAUGAUGAUGAUUUGGAGGAGGAUGGGGAGGAGGAGGAGGAGGAAGAGCAGGCUGAGAUGCAGAGGUGGGGAAGAAACUUGCCGCUUAUUAACACACCGGAGAGUGAAGAUAUGAUCAGCGCGUUGCUGUUGAACCCCCGCUGGGAGUCUCUGAGUCCGUUUGUUGGUGGUCCAAGGUUGGCAAUACAGCUGGCAAGAGAUUGUAUCUUCGGACCUGAGGUCCUGAUGAAGUCUACAGUGACUGGAAGAAACGGCAUGAAUCCCCUCCAUCGUGAUGGCAUCAAGAAGAUCAAAGAUUGCAUGAUGGAAAUUUAUGGUACGAGGUGCAGCCAUGUUGAGUUUGAGCUACUGUGGAAGAUGGCACGGGAGAGUCUCUCUCAACUGUGUAAGCGCAUUCGCCGUCGACAUAUUGAGGUCAUCGGACAAGAGGUAGUUUGAUCUCAAUAACAAGGAACUCUGGAUGGCCUUCUGGUGGUUCUCUCAUUAUGAUGUACUCUGG